AAAGGGGGGAUAGGUUUUUGGAUCGGCGGAUUUCGCCAAAACGUAUAAAAAAAAUAGGCAGAUUAUAAUACGCAAAAUACUUCUUUUUUCGUGGUCUGCAUUAUGCUAGUGUAUGCCGUUGUGAAGGGUUCAAAAUAAUGAAAAAGAUCCCUCCUCCCAUAGAAAAAAGCGAAAUCCACCUAACCCUUGCACCAAACACUAGAACAUACCACAUUUCCAGAGAUUUGUCUUUUUUUAUUUCCCUUCUGGCGUAUCUGGGUAUAGAUAACUCCUCAAUUUCUCACGUUAUUGUCUUCCAAGGAAAAGUUGUCUUUGGGAUUCCUGUGGAAUGUGAAACGCUGAAGGUCUGGAUCCUUAGCAACAAACCGUUGAUGAAAAUGGCGGCUGGUAUCCUUAUUUUGGCGUCUGUUAUAGAAAAAACACCAUAGCAAAACUCAAACGUAGGGCUCUCUGCACUGCCUAGAUCAAGGCAAAGGCAGCAACAGCCAUGGAAGAAAGAAUUGGUUCUCUUACAUUUUUCUCUAAUUUCGAUUCAGGAAAUUUGGCAAAAGUUGAACGAGUGAAACAUGAUGAUGAAUCAAGUGAUAAGGAAGACAACAAUAGCGCAUCAUUUCCCGUCCCCGAUUACGAAUUCAACGCGUGGACCUGGCCUGAUGCUGUCGGAACGGAGUAUGAGAACCUUAACAGAACUUGGUUUUAUUUCGGAGUCAAAGGAGGCGUCCCCGGCCGCGUUUUGAAGAUUAAUAUGAUGAAUUUAAAUCGACAAGGGAAGCUUUAUAAUCAGGGAAUGAGCCCGUUUGUCAAAGUUGUGCCGGGAAAAGGAAAGUGGGAAAGAAUCCGAGACAGGCCGACAUUUGAGACUGUGGAAGGUCAGUUCCGCUUGUCUUUCACCUAUCGCUUUCCAGACCAAAGAAACUCAGUUCAUUAUUUCGCAUUCUGUUAUCCCUACUCAUACGCCGAGCUCCAAAGUAGACUAGAGAGCUUGGAUAAGACCUACUCACUAUGUAAACAGCUCACCCCAGAGUCACCCAAGACCUCAAUAUACUAUCACUGCGAGCUACUAUGCAAGUCUCUGGAUGAGUUAAGGGUUGAUCUUAUUACAUUGACUUCAUGCAAAGGGAUGUUGAAUGAACGAGAAGAGCGGCUUAAAUCUCUUUUUCCAGAUGAAAAUACACCAAGGCCACACAAGUUUAAAGGGAAGAAGGUGUUCUUUCUCAGUGCAAGAGUACAUCCCGGUGAGACCCCAUCUAGUUUUGUCUUUGAAGGUUUUCUAGAUUUCCUGUUACGCACAGAUGACCCUCGUGCCGCUGCUCUUAGAGAUCAGUACAUCUUCAAAAUGAUACCAAUGCUUAACCCUGAUGGAGUGAAGCGGGGACAUUACCGCACAGACCCCAGGGGUGUAAACCUCAACAGGGUUUACCUAGACCCUGAUCCCACCCUGCACCCUUCAAUAUUUGCCGCUAGAUCAGUUAUCUUGUACCAUCACAACUCUAAUGGAAACCCACCUCCAAGCUGUACCUGUGGUACAACAAAUGGCAACACUGAGAGUCCAGUUAUUGAGGAGAAAACCGUUGCUUGUGUGGGGGAAUGUGAUGAUGUUAUGGUAGAAAGGUUGCCCCCAGAUGGGAUGGAAAGCACACAAAAUGGUGCGGCAUUUGAUCCUGCUGAUAUUGCAGAAAUAAAUGGGUCUGGGACACAUGUAAAGAGUGAGACUUUGAGGACAUCUGGAGAUGGUGAUGAUAAAGAUUCUAUAGAAACAAACAAUCCUGCUAACAACUCCAAAGUUGAUGGCAAAGAAGAUUUAUCUGAAGAAGCUAAAAAAUUGGGUGAAUUAUCUAUAGAAGAGAGCAAAAAAGAAAUGAAUGAUAAUGAUAUGAAGUCAGAGUCAACAGAUGGUGGAAUCCUCACUCAUGAUUCAGAAAGCAAGAUUUGCAUGGCAUGCACAACAUCGCCAAGUGAAGAGCAAAAAGAAGGCAAACUAAUGUACUAUGUAGAUCUACAUGGACACGCCUCUAAAAGAGGGUGCUUCAUUUAUGCCAACUUUAUGGAGAAUGAGGAGAAUUAUGUCAACACAAUACUGUACCCCAAAUUAGUGUCCAUGAACUCAGCUAACUUUGAUUUUACCGGCUGUGUAUUUACUGAGAAGAAUAUGUAUAGUAAGGACAAGAGAGAUGGUAUGUCUAAAGAGGGAAGCGGCCGUGUUGGCAUCUACAAGGCCACAUCUAUUAUCCACAGUUAUACAUUGGAAUGUAACUACAACAGUGGUCGCAUGUUGAAUGCUGUCCCGCCUGCCACCUGUGAUAGUGGCAGGGCCACGCCACCGCCUCCCCCAGGCUUCCCUCCUAAAUUCACCACAGAGAUCUAUGAGGAGGUGGGUAGAGCAUUGGCCAUCGCUGCGCUAGAUAUGAAUAACACCAACCCCUGGUCCCGCUUGCCUAUGAGUGAGUUUGGCUCAGUGGAGGGGGUAAGAAACUGGGUACGGCGGUUCAUCAAAAGUGCCAAGAAUGCUCCGUCAUUCCCUAAACGACUCAACAGGGCAGUAGCUAAAACAUCCAGUAUUGUUGCCGGAGCGACAGCCACAACCCGACAGAAGAUUGGCUUGAAGAGCUCCUCUUCCAGUGAUGUGACUAGUGAUGGCUUGUCUCCUGCUGCUCAGAAGAUCACAGAGCGGAUGACUCAGGGAAUUAACGCUAGAAAAGAAGCUGCCAAAAAGAGUGACGACCUAAAGCCUCCCAAGCGCGUCCAGGCACUUUCAGUACCGCGACGUUUCUCCCAGCCUGCUAAAUCCUCACAAAGUGCAACCUCCACCGAGAGUAACUCCUCGACAAGCGGAGGUGCAUUGUCUGACUCGCACACCGUAAAUAAUGUCACAACAAUCAGAAGCCAAUUGAUCAAAAAAGACCAGACUAGAGUGUCAAUGGAGCUACCAAAAACGGGCCCAUCAUUGCGUGUCCCGCGGGCGAACCCGCCAGCCCUCGCGACGUGCAUGAAAGCGCUCUCCUGCCCUGCUGAUAUACGCCUUGGCGGUAGCACUGCAGAGAUCCAUAGCCACUUGGCCGAGUUCCCGUUGCGUAAAAUGGCGGCCACGCGACGAACUGGAGGCAGUAGCGCUAGUGACGAGGACAAGAAGAAAAAAGGCACCAAGGUCAUGAGGAAAAACGGACGGAAGAAAAGCCUAUCAGAUCGUCCGAUCACCGAUAGCUCAUACCUCAUACCUACGCCAUCCAAGCCGUCAGCAAGGGGUAGCGAGCAAGUGGUCAACCUACCCUUGCGCAAGUUGUCCGAUGUGCGAAAGAAAUCGGGAGGACGACCUCUCCUGCAGAGAUCCAACUCCAACAACACGACGAUUAAACACCCCAGCGUAGCGUGCGAGGUGAUCGACAUCACGGAACUUCCGCGUACGUCACACAACGCCAGUCCUGCUGUCGCCUACUGGGUGGACACGUGAUUAGCCCUGUCACACAACGCCAGUCCUGCUGUCGCAUACUGGGUGGACACGUGAUUUGCCUUGUCACGCAACGCCAGUCCUGCUGUCGCCUACUGGGUGGACACGUGAUUAGCUAUGUCAUGCAACGCCAGUCCUGCUGUCGCCUACUGGGUGGAUACGUGAUUAGCCCUGUCAUGCAACGCCAGUCCUGCUGUCACUUACUGGGUGGACACGUGAUUAGCCCUGUCAUGCAACGCCAGUCCUGCUGUCGCCUACUGGGUGGACACGUGAUUAGCCCUGUCACACAACGCCAGUCCUGCUGUCGCAUACUAGGUGGACACGUGAUUAGCUAUGUCACACAACGUCAGUCCUGCUGUCGCCUACUGGGUGGACACGUGAUUAGACCUGUCACACAAUGCCAGUCCUGCUGUUGCAUACUGGGUGGACACGUGAUUAGCUAUGUCACACAACGCCAGUCCUAGCUGUGUGGACAUGUGACGCUUCCUGUGAUCUGGUAUUCUUUCACACCAGGAAAGCACGUGAAUUAUCGUAUGUUUUGACAGAUCGUGUGUUUUGCGGGAACAAGUCCUUUUUGGUUUUCUCCUCUUUUCGUGUGCAAAGAUGACAUUUCUAUUUUGGCCAUAGUAACUGAAUGAUUCUUUGGAAUAGUGAAAAUAGCCAAAUAUUCAUUUAUGUAGGGUUGUUUAGAGGGGUCAGGCGUUUCAGCGAUUUGUGUCUUAAGUAUACAGAUUUUAUAGAACAGAUUGAAAAUCUACGUAUAGAAUUACACAGAUAAUAUAUAGUAUGUCAAGAGUAUUUAUUUUUUUAGGUGUCAAUAGGUUGUUUCAGCGCCGGAUUGUCUCGAAAAGGCGCCGCAACUGUAAUUUAUUCCGUCAGCCUUUCGUUAAGCUCAAAAACUAUCUAUAUAGAACCCACAAGUGGCAUAGUGCCAAUAUAAAGGGCUUAAUCAAGAUGCUAUCCUCUUGCAGUCUCAGUCUCCUUUUAUAUGUUAGCUAGGAUUAGUCUCAGUCUCCUUUUAUAUGUUAGCUAGGAUUAGUCUCAGUCUCCUUUUAUAUGUUAGCUAGGAUUAGUCUCAGUCUCCUUUUAUGUUAGCUAGGAUUAGUCUCAGUCUCCUUUUAUAUGUUAGCUAGGAUUAGUCUCAGUCUCCUUUUAUAUGUUAGCUAGGAUUAUUCUCAGUCUCCUUUUAUAUGUUAGCUAGGAUUAGUCUCAGUCUCCUUUUAUAUGUUAGCUAGGAUUAGUCUCAGUCUCCUUUUAUAUGUUAGCUAGGAUUAGUCUCAGUCUCCUUUUAUAUGUUAGCUAGGAUUAGUCUCAGUCUCCUUUUAUAUGUUAUCUAGGAUUAGUCUCAGUCUCCUUUUAUAUGUUAGCUAGGAUUAGUCUCAGUCUCCUUUUAUAUGUUAGCUAGGAUUAGUCUCAGUCUCCUUUUAUAUGUUAGCUAGGAUUAGUCUCAGUCUCCUUUUAUAUGUUAGCUAGGAUUAGUCUCAGUCUCCUUUAAUAUGUUAGCUAGGAUUAGGGGAGUACCAUAACCUCUCCCUACCCUCCCCCUGUCGGGUACUGUGAAGGGCGGCGCUUAUUCGGGUGAAGACGGUUUACAUUUGUUUGAAUAAAAAGAAUUGCAGUAUAUAUUUUAUGCUAA